AAGAAGCACAGAAUAAGAUUUCAUUAAGGAAUGUGCAAACAUGAAAUAUAGAAAAAAAAAAACAACAAAUAAAUCUCUUUUCUUUUCUAUCUUAUAAAUCACGUUUGCAAAGGACUUUCGCGAAUUUAUUGUGCUUAGGCCUUCACCCUUCACGCAUGUCCGCAACCAUAUUCUUCAGUUUGUCAUAUAUUAAAAUGUACUUGGCACUCUUCGUCCAACAGUUCAAGACAGUUUCAAAUUAGAGAGUUCAAUCUUGUUAUUUAUAUUGCUUCACGAAAAAGGCGGAUGGUUUUAUUUUAUUGACAAUGGCAGACACAACUGUUGAUGCAACACGACGAUUAAAUGUAAAAAAGCAAACGUUGGAUGAUGCCUAUGCUGCACCAGCUAAUUUUUUGGAAAUAGAUGUAAUUAAUCCUAUAACUCAUGGUGUCGGCAAAAAACGGUACACUGACUAUGAAGUUCGAAUGAGGACAAAUCUUCCCGUUUUCAAAGUUAAAGAUUCUAGUGUGCGAAGAAGAUAUAGUGAUUUUGAAUGGCUUAGAAAUGAAUUAGAACGAGAUAGUAAAAUUGUUGUUCCUCCAUUGCCUGGGAAGGCUUGGAAGCGACAAAUGCCCUUCCGUGGAGACGAUGGUAUUUUUGAAGAAGAUUUUAUUGAAGACCGUAGGAAAGGUUUAGAAAUGUUUGUAAACAAAAUAGCAGGACACCCCUUAGCACAGAAUGAAAGAUGUCUUCAUAUGUUUCUACAAGAAUUAAUUAUCGACAAGAAUUAUGUGCCUGGAAAAAUAAGAAAUACAUAAUCUAUGAAGAGGAUUGUCAAUUGCUAGCAAUACUUUUCUUAAAUUUUGUUAAACUUGUUAAUAAUAACGAUAAAUUCUUUUUAACAAAGAAAAUCCAUUAAUUGUAAAUUUAAUUAAUAAUCUCUUUUAUUAACUAAUAAAAUUAUAGCAUUGAAUUUUUGCAAUGAAUAUAAAAUAAAAUGCAUGUAUAAUGUAUUUCAAUAUUUUAAUCUUAAAAGGAGGUAGUAUUUUGGAAACAUAAUCAUCAUAAAUAUAUAAGUGCAUAGAAAUUCCAUAUAUUGCGUGUAUGAAUUAAUUUAAAGCAAUUAUAAUUUUUUUUUUGUAACAAAAUUUAUUGAUGUAGAUUAAUUAAAAAUUGACAAGGCCCUUAGUAUGUUUAUAAUUUGUUAUUCUGAAAUAUUUAGUGCCUUAAUUAAAAAUAAUCAUGUUUGCAAUAUUGGUAAUAUUCUCCAAUUUAUGUUAAACACUUUGGAUACUUUUUUCUAGAUUUUAUAUGUCUGUACAUAUUUCUCCUAUUAUAAUAAAUGUCAUAAUGUGAAUCUGAA